AGAAACACAGCAAAACGCUGAGCUCCACAGCAGUGAAGGCCACCAUUCUGCUUCAGUACUUCGGAACCUUCAGUUUUGGGCUUUGGAGCGACACGGACUGUUUUUGCUGACGCACCGCUGCGCUGGGGAGGACGUUUUAAACAGUCCAAGAUGGCUCAAGCGGACAGCAGGGCUCUGGUUUUAGGGGCUCUGGCAGGUGCUGCUGGAAUCAGCCUGGCCAUCGUCUACUUUAGGAAAGUCAAAGCAAGUGAUGGCAGAGUCCGAAACCAGAGGAGCUUUGGGGAUCACACGGAUGGCCCGUUGUGUCUGCAGACAGGCCAGGCCGAGGUGCUAGAUCGACUGGGUGCUCUAAUCCACUGUGUGUCCGAGCUCAAAGAAGAGGUAAAAGCCCUGAAGGAUGCACUUCCACACCUGCAGGACAACGUCAGAGAUCAGCUGAGGGGCCGGAGCGCAGAGGAUAUCAGCGCUCGCAGGGCAAGUCCCCUUCACCGCACUCCCACCAGGAGAAAAAGAUCAGGAGUCCCAACUAGAAGUGAAGGACAGAGCUCAGAAGAGGCAGAGAGUGAAGGAGGGUAUAUAACUGCACUGACUGAUUCAGAGGAAGAUGAAAGUGAUGAUGAGCGAAAGCCACAGCAGGAACCAGUCGAUGAACUCAUGGCUCUGCUGCAGAAAGCAGACCGACUGCACAGCUGCAAUGGGCCUGAGAAAGCACAAGGCCUGAGCAUUCUGCUUGAGAGGAAAGAAGAGUUUGAUCAGCGCUGCCAGUAUCUUUGGCGUUUGGCCAGAGCCUAUGCAGAUGCACAUGAUUUUGCUUCGGACCACCUGGAGAAGAAAAGCUGUGCUGAGAACGGUGUCACAGUGUACGUGGAUUGAGAGAAAAAUCGCUGCUACUCUGUUUGGAGAACCGCCCAGUGCCACCGUCCAGGACGCCCUGCAGAACUUCCUCAAGGCAGAAGAGAUCAGUCCCAAGUACUCCAAAUUUAACUACGUGUUUUUAGCUAAGUGUUAUAAAGACUUAGGCCAGAGGAGUGUUGCUCAACAGAUGUGUGACGCUGCCUCUACCAUAAGCGUCGUGACUAAAGAGGAUGAGGAGGCACAGAAGGAGCUGGACUCUCUUGUAGCAUCACUUUAAGUCAACAACAAAAUGGGGCACAAUUUGUCUGUCUUGGUGUUUUGUUGUCUUCUGGAUUCGACUAGACUGUGACUGGUUAAUCAACAAACCAACAUAUCAACUGUUAAUGGUGGUCGGGUCACAUGGUUUAUUAUGUCUUCAUUAAAAGGGAGCCGUGUUUAGUUUGUUUAACUUUA